CGAAAAUUCCUGAAGCGGCACCGGCGGCUUCCGGAAGCCAGCCGCGGCCUGUACAGUAGCGCCGGCGAUUGGCGUGGUGAUUCCCACUUAGUCCCGGCGGUGUGCGUUUCACCUAGGCAACGGAAUGGCGCUUCUGUGUUACAACCGCGGCUGUGGCCAGCGUUUCGACCCCGAGGCUAACGCGGACGAUGCUUGCACAUACCACCCCGGUGUACCUGUAUUUCAUGAUGCCCUAAAGGGUUGGUCUUGCUGUAAGAGAAGAACAACUGAUUUCUCUGACUUCUUAAGCAUUGUAGGUUGCACAAAAGGUAGGCAUAACAGUGAGAAGCCACCUGAACCAGUCAAGCCUGAAGUCAAGACUACAGAGAAGAAGGAACUAUCUGAAUUAAAACCCAAAUUUCAGGAACACAUCAUUCAAGCCCCUAAACCAGUAGAAGCAAUAAAAAGGCCAAGCCCAGAUGAGCCAAUGACAAACUUGGAAUUAAAAAUAUCUGCCUCCCUAAAACAAGCACUUGAUAAACUUAAACUGUCAUCAGGGAAUGAAGAAGAAAAGAAAGAAGAAGACAGUGAUGAAAUUAAGAUUGGGACUUCUUGUAAAAAUGGAGGGUGUUCAAAGACAUACCAGGGUCUGCAGAGUUUAGAUGAAGUCUGUGUAUAUCAUUCUGGAGUACCUAUUUUCCAUGAGGGGAUGAAAUAUUGGAGCUGUUGUAGAAGAAAAACCUCAGAUUUUAAUACAUUCUUAGCCCAAGAGGGCUGUACAAGAGGGAAACAUGUGUGGACUAAAAAAGAUGCAGGAAAAAAGGUUGUUCCAUGUAGACAUGACUGGCAUCAGACUGGGGGUGAAGUUACCAUCUCCGUGUAUGCUAAAAAUUCACUGCCAGAACUCAGCCAAGUAGAAGCAAAUAGUACACUGUUAAAUGUUCACAUUGUAUUUGAAGGAGAGAAAGAAUUUCAUCAAAAUGUGAAACUAUGGGGUGUGAUUGAUGUCAAACGGAGUUAUGUAACCAUGACUGCAACAAAGAUUGAGAUCAUUAUGAGAAAGGCAGAGCCCAUGCAGUGGGCGAGUCUUGAACUGCCUACAACCAAAAAGCAGGAGAAAAAGAAGGAAGAUAGUGCAGAUUGAUUGGAAGAGAAACAGAAAGCUCUUGUCUGUUUUAGAGUUCUUAACGUGUGUGGUGAAAUAGUAGCUUGCUGCUGUAAUCCUUUUGUUGUUUUUUAAUCGCCCUUUUAGAGUUAUCAUGAGGUUCUUCAAAGCCAAAGUCUGUUAAUUUUUUGUGCCUCUAUCUUCCUUUUGAGUUUCAUAAUACGAUUUUUUGUGCCUCUUUCUUCCUUUUGAGUUCCAUAAUAUGAUUAUUCAGUUUCCUCACUAGUAUAAACAUAGUUGUUACCCCACACAUGAAGGGAGAGAAAGAACUCAUAAGCUGUAUUAUUUCUUAGUAUAAAAAAAACCUAGUAUUUCUUAGUAUAAAUUAUUAUAAGCAGAGAAAUAAAAGGAUUUUUUUUUAUCCUGAUAUCACUGUUACCCUUAAAUGGGAAAGCAAGGUGUAAUAUAAGAAAUUUAAUUGGCCUUUCCAUGAACUUUUGUUACUGUAAUUCUUGAAAACCUUUAAAGAAAAUAGUUCUGUUUGCUUUCCCCAAUGAGAUGGUUACUUCCUGUAGUAUUAGCCCUGAAGCAAUGUAGUCACCAUCUGUGUGUACUGCUCAUACAAUUCAUUUGCAAUUAAUUUAAUUUCAGAAAGCUACAUCAGUACCUAUAGUACUUGUCAAACAGUAUAAUUUAAGACUAUAGGAAAUAUAACUAAGAUUAUAGAAGUACCAAUUUUGUUUAAAAUUCAUCAUUUCAUAAGAGUAAGCAAUAAUGUUUAAAAAAUUUCUUUUUUAAUUAUUUAAAGGUCUUUGUAUGGUGUUUUAAUUAAAUUGUAUCUAAUUUAUAGUCUAAGCCCUCUUAGGGAUUAUAUCUGUCUCCCAGAUGAAAAACUGUAUCUGUAAAAUUGUGACUGUGUAGCUUUGUUGAAAUAAGGUAUGUGUGAGGCUUGAAUCUGGAAUGCCCUUGCAGGCUUGUUUUGAACUGUUGGUCCUCCAACCUAUGGCUUAUUUUGAAGGCUGUGGAAUAUUUAGGAUGUUGGGCCUGGUUGGGCUCUCUGAGGUGAGCCUUUAAUGAUUAUGCAGCCUGCUGGCUUGCCUGCGGUCAGGGCACGUGAACCACUCUGUCCAGUGCUCUCAGUGCUGCCUCCUCAGCCAUCAUAGACUGUAUCCUCUGAAACUGUGAGCCAAAAUAAACCUUUCCUCCCUUGAGUUAUUUCUGUCAAGUGCUUUGGUCAAGGCAACAAGAAAAAAUGACACUACAGAAAAAUUAGGAGAGUUGUGUCUUAUAUGUUAAUGGAGUUGCCUAACUCUUUGGAGUUACUUUAAGUGUUUCAUGAAGAGGUUGACAAGUUUACUAAUACAAUAUUGGUUACAUAUUGUACUUCAUUUACAUUAAUUAUAUAUGACACAGAAUUGCUUGUUUAUGCCAAUUACAGCCAUUAAUGAAUGGGUUACUUUUUGAGGCACAGCUCAAGGGGAAACUUGUUAUAUAAAAGUUAGAACUCUAGCAGAACUUAGUAAAUUGGUGCCUUAAACUUGUAUAAGUCAAAAUGAAAGUUAAAGGUGUUUACUUCCCAAACUCUUUGGUAUUAAUGGAAAUUCUUACAAAGAAAGUUUGAGUAUAGCCAAGAUAUUAUUUUUAGCAAGUAAAGAAAUUAGGACAGGGGCUGGAGAGACAGCUCCCUUAGGAGCAGCUAUUGAGUUUGAUUCCCUGAACCCAUAUGGCAACUCAUAUACUUAAAGGAACUCCAGUUAUAGGUCCCUCUUCUGGACUCCAUGGGCACCAGGCAAGUAUGCAGCGCACCUUAAAUACAGCAGGCAACCUGUAUGAGUCAUUCUGCUAUUAGCAAAUAACUAUUAGAGAUAGUAUAGUUCUGUCAACAAAUGUAAAGACACAAAUUUAGUCUUUAAGCUUUGAUGAUACAAGAACAUGCUAAAAAAAAGUUUUGGCAAUAAAAAACUGGGAUCCAAAUAGUGUCUCUAAGUUUCUAGUUAAACAUGAAUUCAUUUAGCAAAGAGAUCUAUCUUGUUUUCUGCCAGAGGAAAGAGGUUGAAAUAUUUUGAUUCAAAAUAUUAAUUAUACCUGUAUCACUUCCUUGUUGAGACUUUUGUUAUUCCUUGAAUGGUAGUUUUGUCUGUUGGGAUGGUACUGUUGAAGCAAGUGAAGUUUUCAGACUUGGUUGUGCAACACUGGUUUUAUUUUUCAUACAGUUGUGAAGUGGUUACAUUUGUGACUAUUUAAAUACUGUUUUCUUUCAGAACCUCUGGAUGUCACUCAGAUACAAAUUAAGUGAAAUUUACCUUAAAGUCUGGCAACAGAGUUUUUUUUUUUUUUUUAAAGAAGAAUGUUUUACUCUGUCAGUUUAUUAAGAAAAGUUAAUGAAAUGCCUGUUAGCACUAAGAAGUUAUUCCUGUUAGAUAUAUGCCUUUCUUUUAUUAUGGCAUCAAAGCAGUCAAAUCUAAAUAUAUUUUAUACAUGUUGUUACUCACUUUAGCAUGGGAAACUUAAAUGCUAUUUUUCUUGCCUAGCUUUUGCUUGCACAAAGGAAUUAAUAUCCUAAGUUGACCUGUCUUUUCUAACCUCUUAUUUUAAAAUAACUUUAGGUUGGCAGAAUUACAAAACUAGUAAAGGAGUUCUUUAUAAUUAGUAUAUCAUCUUCCCAUGUUAAAAUGGUCAUGAUAGACAGUUUACAAAACUGAGACAUUAACCUUGAUAUAAUUUAAAGUAGAAUGUUUAAUUUUAACCUUUUUAGUGGAACCCUUAAAGUGUAAUUCUUGAAACCUGUCUUCUAAUUUAAGCCAGUAAUGUAAACAAUUAAAACAUGAACUGAAAUCAGAUGUUUAUAGGUCGACUGUAUACAUUUAGAGAACUGUAUGUAUAGUCAGUGCACUGAUUGAGCUUUGUCAUUUGUAUCUUAAUGCUGGGGGUUUUUGUCUUUACUAUACAUAGAACUUGUUUGAUUUUCUUCUUAAUCAGUUCAUCACAAUGAAGAGAACCAUUAAAACAUUUUUGCAGAUA